CUUGUAUGUUGUUUACUUUGCAAUUUUUAUUUUGAUAACCAAAAAAAAAAACCCUCUCUCUCUCUCUCUCUCUCUCUCAGCAGCUCUUCAAACCCUAACGACGAGAGCAGUCGCUAUCUGAGACGCGAUUCCGAGGUUUCUCCUUGUAAUCCUUCGUCGGAACAUAAUCUCUCCGCGGCGGAUUUAGUCUUCGUUGACAAUCCCUCCUCCAAUUUCUUCGCAGUAUGUCCAUCCAUUGUUUUUGAUUUAGCUCAUCGGACCUGAAUCCAGCUCCGUCUGUGAAGAAGAGCGAUAGAGUCAUUCGCAUAGUCAUCCCGAGAGAAUCUAGUGUUGUAUGAGAGACGAGAAGCUCUGCGUUAUCUAAGCGGAUCGAUGGAGCUUUCUUCUCCGAAGGAACGCGUGCUAUCUUCGUCUGAUUGUAUGAGCGACCCUGAGGAGGAGCAUGAGAUCAGCGAGGAGGAGGAUGACGAUCGCAACCAUAAGCACCGCAGGAAAGAAGAAGAGACGAGGUCUCAGUCUUUGGAACAAGGCUCUUCAGAUCAGGCUUUCUCAAGGCCGCACAGGAAAAACUACAGACAUUUUGAGAAUGGGAAUACCUUUGGUGAACACGAAAAGCGGCCUCAGCGUGUGCAGUUUGAUAGUCAAAGAGCAAGAUCGAAUCCAAUGUUUUCAAGGGACGCUGGUCAUGGUAGAGGUAGAGGCAACUACGGGUCUUGGGCUCAGCGUGAUUCCAGGUUUAAUCCUGUUGAUCUCUCGUCUCAUAUGGUUCCCGGCAUGUUUGGAGCGAGGGGACUAGCUGGUGUUUCAGCUGCUCAGAGCGCGCCGUGGCCUCCUUUUGGAAUGCUUAAUGGAGUUCCAAAUGGUGGUUUGGAUGCUUUCCAUCACAUGCAAGGCUCUCUAAGACCGCCCUUGAAUGCGUCACUCAACAUGGGUAUUCCUCGGCAGCGAUGCAGAGACUUUGAGGAGCGUGGGUUCUGCCUCAGAGGGGAUAUGUGUCCCAUGGAGCAUGGAAUGAAUCGCAUUGUUGUCGACGAUGUUCAGAGUCUAUCACAGUUCAACCUUCCCGUUUCUGGCCCGGGUGCACCUCAUAUGGCAGCUUCUUCUAAACCAGUGCCUGCACAGUUUGGGAGUGCUAAUUUCAUGAAUACUAAAGGAGCUCAUGGGAAGACUAAUGAGGGUGGAAUGGCUGUUGAUGGUAUGGGUUAUGGUGAUGCAUAUCCUAGUGGAGGUGGAACUGAUUUUUACGAUCCUGAUCAACCUUUGUGGAAUAACAGUGCUGGUGAAACGUCAGGGGCAUUGCUUGCACUAAGUUCUCAUGGGAUUGAUGAGAAUGUAGCUCCACUGGAUGAAAAUAACCAAGAUGGCCCUGAAAAUGCGGGUGGUAUUGGAGACUCCAGAAGCAAAAGUCAACCAGUUUGGGGAAGAACGCGUCAUGCAAAAGCUGAUGCAAGAUUAAAUUCAUCAGCUGGUUUUGAAGAUCAACUGAAGGAGGUUCCAAUCAAUUCAUCUCGCCACGGCAAACAAAACCACGUUGGUGAAAGUGUCUCAAAAGUUGUUGGUUCAUCAAAUACUUCAAGUGAUGCGAUGAACAAUACAAGAAAAGCAAUGCAAAAGGCAAUGCGGACUCUAUUUGUCAACGGUGUUCCCCACGAAAUCAACAGAAAGGACCUCAUUCUUGCCCAUUUUCAGAAAUUUGGGAAAGUUAUUGACAUUCACAUCCCAAUAAGUAGUGAACGAGCAUUUGUUCAAUUCUCUAAACGCGAAGAGGCUGAAUCUGCUCUGAAGGCACCUGAUGCUGUGAUGGGUAACCGCUUUAUCAAGCUUUGGUGGGCAAAUAGAGAUAGUAUACCUGAUAAUGUCCUCUCCACUGGCAAUGGUGCUUCUGUGAAGGGUCGUGUUAUGACUGCUUCCGGAGGGCAGAACCAACUUCCUAUUGUUGCAGCAUCGAAAAGCAACCAUGUAACUUCCACCGCAAAGGGUCCUGCCUUCCACGGCUGUGGCGCUCCAUCAUCAGCUGAACAGCCUAAGCCUGUGGGUUUCGCAAGUGUCCCCAAGGUUACGCCGGUUCAGCAGAAAAAAGCAGACGAUCUUGAGCGGUUGAAGGAGACACUUCGAAAAAAGCAGGAAAUGCUGGAGCAGAAGCGUGAAGAGUUCCGCAAAAAGUUGGCGAUGCUUGAAAAACAAGGUACGGUUGUGAAGGGUGAAGAAGCAGAUGAGCCAGAUGCUAAGCGCCUCAAAGUAGAUACAGCCUCUAACUCCGGUGAAGCAAUCUCAUCACCAAAAACAGAGUCAUCCACAGAUAAGAAGAAAGUGCCUAUCCAGAAGCCGCUUUCUUCUGCUAAAUUAAGCACAGAAACGCCAUCUCCGGAUCCAAAACAUUUCAAGCAAAGACCGUAUCAGUUCAAUACAAAUUUGAACUCUCCUAUGGUAAAUAGGUAUAAGUUGGACAACCGCCCGACUACCAUCAAAGUUGUUCCUCCUUUGCCAACCGGGUUAGCCGAUGUUGCUGUCUUAAAGGAACAUUUUUCAUUUUAUGGCGAAAUCUCAAAAGUGGAACUCGAAGACAAUGCAUCGAUUGAUAGUGGCAAGGAUCAGGAUGAAACAGAUAAAGAAAACCGUGCAGCUUGUGUCACAUUUGUGAAGCGCAGCGCAGCCGAGAAAGCGUUUGCUAACGCAAAAUGCUGGAAAGAACACACCUUGCAGUUCAAGUGGGUAACACGUCAAAGCAACAGAGAGAAUAAUGAUAGCAACAACAACAAUAAUCUCUCUGUUACUGGUGACCACCUUAGCAAGAAAAACAAGUGCACUGCUUCUGUCUCUAAUGACCCAAAACCAAAAGAUGAAGUCAGAGCCUCGUCUACAGAAGAACCAGAGAACACAAAUGUCUCUGGAGACGACAAGACGUUGGAUGAACGAGAGACCAAGGAAAGCGAUAAUGGCAACAGUAAAAGUAACAGCGAGUCCAUCGAAGGAGCUUCUGAAGCGGUUGCAGUGUCUGAAACUGAUGAAGAACAGAUAAAUGGUUAAGUUGGGGAAGAAGAUUCAAGUCAGUGAGAAUGUGAAAAAGAAAAAAAGAAAAAGAGAAGACAAGAAACAAGUGUAUUGUUACAUUUGGCCUUCCAAGAGCAGUGGUUUGGUCUUUGGUUUUCAGUUCUUAGUUUCUAUAACAAGUUCGACUUCUGUUGUAUAUACACAUAUUUUGUGUACUUGGAGACUGCUUUAGUUGAGACGAAAAAUAGUGUGGAAUCUACAAACGGCAAGCAUCUUGGAAAUUUAAGCGAUGUUUUGUUAACUAGAUUUAUAUCAUUAUUGUUUGCUAGGAUCGGAAUCUUGGAGCUAUAUUAUUUGUUCUAGUUUUAGCGUUUAU